CUUACAUCAUUACAUAGACUUUUGAGAAAUCUUAAUUCUUUAGGAGCUAGCUUUACACCAGCUCACACUCACAUACUUGGACUUGACUUUUCAGUUUUCACAGAGAGACAGAGAGAGAGAGAGGGGAAUGAGUUGUUGUGUUGUAUUUGCUUGAUCUGCGUCUAACAAAGUAGAUUUGGAGGAUUGUAGAAGAAGCUUUUGGUUCUUUAAAAUGUUGGGUCGGUAUUCCCUAUCGAGAACCGGAAACUUCCGGCCGGAGAAUUUAGGCCAGAAUGCGCUGGCACUGAUUGGAAAUCUCUGCUUUACUAUGUUUGUGAUUGGUGUCUUAAUCUUUACAAUUAUUGCUGCUACUUAUGAACCUGAAGACCCUUUGUUUCACCCAUCAACCAAGAUCACCACAUUCCUUACAUCCAACUCCAAUGCCACUUUUAAAUCCGAUAACACUGUUGUCAAGACCGGUGAGGAUUUCAUGGCUGCAAACCAAACUGCAUUCGCCACUUUUAUUAACAUUACAGAUGUUGAAAAUAUAACAGAAAAUGCAGAAUCAGAUAGCAAAACCGUCGCCACUGCUGAAGUGACCUCGUGCGAGGGCAGUUUGGAUAGCCCUAUUGAUUGCAAGGACCCGGAGGUGUUCCAUAUGAUGAUGAGGGCCGCUAUAGAACAGUUUAAGGAUAUUCAUUUUUAUCGGUUUGGGAAACCGGUUCGUGGAUCUAAUGAUAGCAGCUGUGAUAUGGCGUGGCGGUUCAGGCCUAAGGAUGGGAAGGCUGCUGCCUUUUAUAAGGAUUAUAGGAGGUUUGCGAUUUCAAGGUCUGAGAAUUGUACCCUAAGUGUGGUUGGGAUUGGGGAUUACCAUACGGGUGGUAAUGCCAGGAAGAGGAAGAAGAAUCAGAAAGCUGGGUUUGAGAAAAAACCACAGAAGCAAGACCAGGGUAUUUCGCUACCUGUUGUUGGGGAGGCUGUGAAUGAUACCCUUCCUGUGGUUGAGUCUGAAAGUUCAUUUAGCCGUGGGAAGUACUUGAUUUAUGUGGGUGGUGGUGAUAGAUGCAAGAGCAUGAACCAUUACUUGUGGAGUUUCUUGUGUGCUAUGGGUGAGGCUCAGUACUUGAACCGAACAUUGGUUAUGGAUCUAAAAAUAUGUUUGUCUUCAAUUUACAGUUCAUCGAAUCAGGAUGAGGAAGGAAAAGAUUUCAGAUUUUACUUUGACUUUGAGCAUUUGAGAGAGUCUGCAUCUGUGUUGGACAAGGACCAGUUUUGGACAGAUUGGAAUAAAUGGCAGAAGAAAGAUGGUUUAGGUCUCAAUCUUGUGGAGGAUUUCAGGGUCACACCGAUGAAACUUGCAAGCAUUAAGGAUACCUUGAUUAUGAGAAAGUUUGGGUCUGUGGAGCCGGAUAAUUACUGGUAUAGAGUCUGUGAAGGAGAGACUGAGUCUGUUGUUCACAGACCAUGGCAUUCGAUAUGGAAAUCAAGACGGCUGAUGGACAUAGUGUCAGCAAUUGCAUCAAGGUUGAAUUGGGAUUAUGAUGCCGUUCACAUAGAGAGAGGAGAGAAGGCAAGAAACAGGGAGCUCUGGCCUAAUCUUGCUACAGAUACUUCACCUGAUACACUUAUCUCAACCUUGAGGGACAAGAUUGAAGAUGGGAGAAGCCUUUAUAUUGCAACAAAUGAACCUGAUACAUUGUUCUUUGAACCAUUGAAGGACAAGUAUUCUACUCAUUUUCUUAACGAGUACAAGGAUCUUUGGGAUGAGAAUAGCGAGUGGAACUCAGAGAUGACAAAGCUUAACAAUGGUAAUCCGGUUGAAUUUGAUGGUUACAUGAGGGUAUCAAUUGAUACAGAAGUGUUCCUGAGAGGUAAAAAACAGAUUGAAACUUUCAAUGAUCUCACUAACGAUUGCAAAGAUGGUAUCAACACCUGCAGCACUUCGGCCAGCUAAAUCAUCAGGACACUAUAUGUGAGGAGGUUUGAAACUUUGCUGCUAGCUACUUUUGGAAAUAUGAAACCACGUGUACUUUUAGCUAUUCUAUUAUAUGUUGCAUUUGAGAAAUUGUAAGCUUUACUUCUAAAUUAUUAGCAUUGAGUAGCAUGAAUCAUGAGUUUUGUACCUGUAAAAGCGACUAUCAAUGUUUAAUUUACUUGGUAUCUUUUGAGAUCCUAA